AUGACAACCACGGUCCUGGCGACCACAACGACCAAGACAAAGCGUCGCGAACCACUGAGGACGGUGACAAUGGCUGCUCCGCAGUCACAAUCGCGCUCCGCGACCGUGUCCGGAGGAACCGGAAAGGGCAAGCAAAGGAAGACAACGCGACUCAGCGCAAGUAAACAAGAGCUCGAAGAAAGCACAAAAAAGCUAGGGAAGCGACCAGCUGUAGUCUAUGAGGAAGAUGCGGAAGGAUUUCAAUUCUCUCUGCUACCGUCAAAGAAGUCCAGGCCAUCAAUCGAAUCGAUUCCAGAGAAUGCGCCUCCCAAAUCAACACCGAAGAGAGGACGACCACGGAAAAAUCAAACGGGGAAUGAGACGACCCCAAGUGAGGUACCAGCACAAGGGAAAAGCGUGGAGCUUCCAACUAGGAGACCAACGAGGGGAACUGCAAAGACAACGCACAUAGAACAAGAAAUUCAAACAACAAACACGAUGCGCUCAUCACGGAAACGCGACAGUCCAGAGCACCAGCCCGAAAUGAAGAAGUCGAAGAAAGCAGGACGACCACCAAAGACUAAGUCGCAAUUGCCAGUGCCGGAGUCAAAUGCAUAUAAAUCCCCGGUCCAACCACCAGCAGGUACAAAAGUGGCACUGCCGGUCGCUGAUACUCCGGUGAUCCAGCGCAAUAAAGAAUUUCGGGGCGGAAAGGGUGAUAAAGGCGAUAGAGGGCGACGGCGGAGCAGCUUAGGCAUGCGAGGACGAAGGGCCAGUUCUUUGAUUGAUUCAGGGACAUCAAAUGCAUUACCCCACCGAGAGGUCGGCACAGCAGAUUUCUACAAACACAUCGCCGAUGACGGGCUUCCAGAGCCCCGAAGGAUGCGACAACUAUUGAUUUGGUGUGCGACUCGUGCAAUAGGAGAGAAGCCCUCAGGAGGCUCAAAUUCCGAUGAUCAAAGUGCGCGUUUAGCAGCUCGUGUAAUUCAAGAAGAAAUUCUUCGGGAAUUCUCAAGCAACUCGGAUCUUUCCAACUGGUUCAGUCGCGAAGAUUUGAACCCUCCAGCUGUGGUCGUCAAGAAGCCGAACCCGCGAAACGUGCAAAAUACAGACAAGAUCAAGGAGUUGGAGGAGCAUAUACAGAAAUUACAAAAAGAAAGGCAAUCCCUGAAUGCACUUCUUCGACAGCCAGCGAUCCCAACUCUCAAAGCACAACCGCAAUCCAACGACCAACACGCGCCUAAACAAUCCUCACAUAAACAACCAUCACAUGAAGACAUCGAUCCCUCUCUCCUAGACCCCUCUCAACAAGUCAUACUGAAAUCUCUCAAUCCUCCGACUCAACCAUCAGAAGGAGAUUCCUCCACCCCAUCUACAACCCGUCCACCUAUUUCUCCAUCUGCUGUCUCUGCUCAAUUAUCUCGCAUCACAUCUGGGCUAGCACCGACGCUCGAUGCCUUCGCAGCUGGUGUGCAUGAUAUCGAGCUAUACCGCACCUCCGCAGACACCGUUUCAUCCCGAAUACUGCGCAUUUGCUCACAACGUCUGGAAGAGCGCGAUGCUCAAAACACCCAAAAUCGCCUCGCAAUCGAAGGUAGUCGUGAUGAAAAUCCACCACCAGUGAGAAUGAAGGAAGAUCUGGGUCUCAUUCUAGGAGCACUUAGUCGGGUCGAAAGACGAUAG